AUGGCCAGCUUCAGCUACGCUGAGCGUGCGCCCGCUUCCUACGUGUCUGACAGUCCUGCGAUGCCCGCCCUGAUUGAACCAGGCUCCGCUGACGACACCGCUUAUGGGUUCCUGAGCCAGCAGAUCGCCAGCGGUGAAGCUGAUGAUGCAGCGGACGUGCUGGAGAAUACGGUGAACCAGAUCGAAGCUAUCCAUCAUCGCUACCAUGAAGAUCUGAUCGUUCCGUUAACUUUGCUGGGCGACGCCAGAAUGGCCCAACAGGAUUUUGAUGCUGCCUUGGACCUUUACACACGUGCCCGCCAUGUGGCACGCGUCAGCCAUGGUUUGUUUGAUACCCGCCAGCUGGCUGUGGUGUAUCGAGAAGCAGACGUUCUGAUCGCAGCCGGCGAUCUUCAGUCCGCAGCGAAGCGUGAAGAGUAUGCCUAUGAGGUAAUGCGCAAGGCUUAUCCGAAUUAUGACCCAGCGACCCUGCCAGGGCUGAUGCGGUUAGGCGAAAAAGCCCUGCAACAGAUCAUUGAGAUACACCGGCGCCAGGAACCCGAAAAUCGAGCGGAGACCCUCAAAGCCAUUAUUGAGCUCGCCGACUGGCACCUCAUCUUUGGCCGCAGCAAUAUGGCAAACACACUCUAUUCGGAUGUGUACAGACAGAUGCUGGAUUCCGGCGCUGAUGCGGCCUCUUUUUUUGCGCAACCAACGCUCAUCUAUCUGCCAAUGCCCGAAAACCCCCGUCCCCCUCCAGCGGAUAUGCGUGCAGAACCAGCGGACGGCCUGGUUACCCUGUCCUUUGAUGUGGCACCAACCGGACGGAUACGCAAACUGGUGACCGUCGACAGCCAGCCCGAAAAGCUGAUGGACUUCCGGGUCCGGCGCAGUAUGAGACUUGCUGUUUUCAGACCGCAGCUGAUAGAUGGUCUGCCGGUGGUGGCAGAGGCGCAGACUUAUACCCACGAAUUCCGGUAUUUUCCGAAACUGGAUCCUACCGCGGUCAGCAAGGCGAGCAAUCGGGCAGUGAACCCAGCGGUGAACAGGGCGGCCAACAAGGCGGUCAGCCGUCUUCUGACAGUUCCGGCGGGUUACCUGGCGGCGAAAUGCCCGGAGGGCGGCGCCCAGGGCGAAGAAGGCUCCGAAUCAGGGGGAAGUCCAGGCUCGCCUGGCGGACAAGGCACUGGCGAGGAUGGAUGGGAAACAUCUAACGAGAUACCCGGCACGCCAGGCAGCGCAGACGGUGAAAGUGGCGAGGCCGGCAGUGGUCAGGCUGGCGCACCUGGCGAAGAAAACGGCGGAACACCCAGUGGCGAUGAUGAAUUAGACGGAGCGCUGAAAGACUUCGAUGGUGAGAUUCUCGCUGAGCGUGAAAUUAUUUCCAGCAGUCAGCCGGGAGAUGCGCAAGGUGGUGGUGGCGCAUCGACCCUGCCUUCCGGUUCUGAAAGCCAGGGACAGGGCAGUGGUGGCGACGUUGCCAGCACCAGCGGCCCACUGCCACCGCGACGCCAGAUUCCCUCGGCACCACCCCCGCCACCCCGCAGCGGCGAAUCCGGGCCUGAAAAUUUGCCCGACGCCAGGGACGACGACAUCAUUGCAAGGCAGUUGCGUGAAGCCGCCAUGCAGGAAACUGAUCCAGAACUUAAAGAGUCAGUAAACGUUUUGGCGCACCCGCUACUGACGUUGGCGCUGCCUGCCCUGCUACUGCUGGGCGGCUGCGUUAACCAUACAACGCGUAUUGUUGACAUGACGCCUCCUGAACAAUCAGAACGCUAUCUCGACGAAAAUGAAUUGUUGGACGUUGGUAUCAGCAUCUUCGACGCGAACGUGCCUGAAGACUAUGACGAACGGAUCGAAGAGAUCAUCCUGCCGGAAGUGCGCCGCGCAGAAUCACAAUACGUACCCUUUUUCGCCAAAAACCUGCUGCAAUCGACGGGCAACUGGGGCGCCGUAAGGGUUGUCCCACGACCAACCCACGCGGUUGACAUUAUGGUGACCGGCACCAUUGUGCAUUCCAAUGGUGAAAGCAUGAUCAUCGAAGCCACGGUAUCCGAUGCCACCGGCGAGCAGUGGUUCAGCCGCGAAUACUCUGCGCUGGCCAGCAAAUACGCUUAUGAAGAAGGCAUGCCGGAAAGCAUUGAUGCAUUCCAGGCGGUGUAUAAAAAUCUGGCGGAUGACAUGUUGGCCUAUCGUCAGGGUUUGAGCCCGGCCGACAUUGAGCGCAUCCGUAAAACCGCCGAGCUGAAAUUUGCACGGGAGUUUUCCCAGGAGGCCUUCGCGGACCAUGUUGUUAAGAAUGAGGACGGACAGUUCGAGAUCGUCCGCUUGCCGGCAGAAAACGACCCCAUGCUGGAGCGGGUCCGACGCGUACGGGAACGCGAGUAUCUGUUUAUCGACACCCUGGACGAAUACUACUCCAACUUUCAUCGACAGAUGUACCCUGCCUACCAGGACUGGCGCCGCGCCAGUUACGAUCAGGCAAUUGCCUACCAGGAACUGAGAGCCCAGGCUCGAUCAAGGAUGAUUGGUGGCACCAUGGCGAUCAUCGGCGGUGUUGCUGCGAUGUAUGAAAGCAGUGACGCCUACGUCGACGCCAGCGGCAUCGUCGGAGUCGUCGCCGGCGCAACGUUGAUCACCAGUGCGGUACAGAAGCGACACGAAGCAGAGCAACAGGCUGACCGAUUGAGGGAAUUGGGCAGCGCUGCUGAAGCUGAGUUGGUCCCCACCACUAUUGAACUGGAGAACCAGACGCUACGGUUGCAGGGUAACGUUGACCAGCAAUAUACAGAGCUGCGCCGUAUUCUGAAGCGCGUCUACUUUGAAGACCUUGGCCUUGAGCCACCCCAGGCGCCGCUGUCGCAUCUGCAGGAAAAGCAGGACAAACAUGCCCUGCAGGAUGUCCUCGGCUUAUUGGACUGGCGGGGUUACACCACCGCCGCCGUCGUCCUUGUGGUGCUGAUCGGGGCUUUCUACUGGUUGCCGCAGCGGAUUGUCGAACCCAAUAAUACCCAGGCAGCUACAGCCAGCAGUGUCAGCGACAAUGCACCCGUGCCGACAACAGACAACAACGCUUUAGCGCCAUUUGCUGACGCGCAACAGGCCCGCGCCAGAGAAAAGGUUCAGCAGGCGUUGGCUGAAUUUGUUGAACGUCAAAUUCUACUGGAGGACACCAUGCAGGUGGAUCAGUGGGGGGCGGAUGCACUGGAUGCGGCCAUGAUGCAGGCUAAAGAAGGUGAUGGAUAUUUUGUUGACGAAGCGUACGACAGCGCGCUGGCCGCCUAUCAACAGGCUGUUAUCAGCAUUGACGCGGUCAUUUCUCAGGGCAACCAGUUGCAUCGAGAAUUUCUACACAACGGUGAUGCUGCCCUGCUCGCGCUGGAUCCAACUGCUGCAGAGGACGCUUUCAAUCAGGCAUUGACCAUUAAACCCGACGAUGCUGACGCAAAAACCGGACUGGCUCGAGCGCAGGGCUUGCCCGCCAUUAUCAGCAUGCUUCGCAGCGCAAAGAAUCAUGAGUUGGGCGGCCGCUAUGAUGAAGCCCUGGCAAUCUACAACGACAUCGGACGACUUGAUCCGCUCACCCCGAAUCUGCCUGAGCUUCGCGCAGCAGCCAAUGCCGCCAAGACCGGCGAUGAUGUUGCCUCACACAUCAGUCGCGGAUUCUCCGCAUUACAAAGGCAGCAAUUUGAACAGGCGCGCAGCGCCUUCAACGCCGCACUGAGCCUGGACAGCGACAAUGCGGUUGCCAGAGGUGGGUUACAACAGGUUGCUGAACAGUACGACCUUGCGGUGAUCAGCAAGCAUCAGAAGAAAGCUGAACUGGCAAUGGCGCAGGAGCAGUGGCUUGAAGCCGUGGAUGCUUAUCAAUCAGUACUAAAACUGGACAAAAACAUCCAGUUUGCGAAGCAGGGACUGGCCCAGGCUAAAGCACACGAAAAGGCUCAGCGUCUGAUGACCCGGAUCGUCAACGAACCUACAAAACUGUCAAACGAGAAGCUGUAUCUCGACGCACAGACUAUCGCUCAACAGGCACAACAACUUGAGUACGCCGGAGACGAACUGCAACGCCUGCAGCAGGAAGUCAACAAGCUGUUGUCUCUCUACGCAGACCCGGUCGACGUUAUAUUGCUGUCGGAUAAUGCAACCAACAUUGUCAUGUCUAAUGUUGGAGAGCUGGGCUUGUUUGAACGCCGAACAAUCAGCUUGCGGCCAGGCGCUUACACCAUACGAGGCAGUCAGAAUGGUUGUCGGGACAUAUUCCUGACCGUAGAAGUCCUGCCCGGCAUAGAGCCUUUGGACGUACGUUGCACUGAAAACAUCAAUCGAUGA